AGCUGAGGCGGAUCUGCAGCCUGAUUACGUCCGCGCACACACAUAAUUGAUGACCUAAUUGCGGAGCGGGAGGAGGAGAAAAGUUGACUUGUUCCUCCUGUUCACAUGUAGUCCCACAGCUGAAGGCAUUGAUGUGAGCCGAGAGGCUGUGAGCUUUUUAUUUCACUUCUUUCCCCCGUCUUUCACCUUCACACACGGCGCACAAAUCCACAUUCUCACUUUUAGUUUAGCGCGGCUGCGUUUGUUUUUCCGUCACUCCCUUUUCCCCCCCUUCAUCGCCUUCUUUUUGGGGAGAGGAACAUUCAUUCCUUUUGAAACGCGAAUUGAAGCCGUUUUGAAGGAGAAAACCAAACCGCCAACGUCUUCACCGCCUCACCGCUCCACCUCGAGUUGAACGACCUUCACCGGACUGUCACAGCCGCCGCAACUCACCACGGCCAACACGCACUCGGCGCCGCGGCGGCAUCUUCAACAUGAGCCUUAAAACGGACCCGGAGCCCAACAACGUAUCCCUGGAGGAGGAGGUACGAACACUGUUUGUCAGCGGCCUACCAGUUGACAUCAAACCACGGGAACUGUACCUUCUCUUCAGGCCUUUUAAGGGUUAUGAAGGGUCACUGAUUAAGUUAACAUCAAAACAGCCAGUCGGGUUUGUAACCUUUGACAGUCGAUCUGGAGCUGAAGCAGCAAAAAAUGCUCUAAAUGGCAUCCGUUUUGACCCAGAAAGCCCACAGACCCUGCGCUUAGAGUUUGCUAAAGCCAACACGAAGAUGGCAAAGAGUAAGCUGAUGGCCACACCGAACCCCACAAAUAUCCACCCUGCUCUAGGAGCACACUUCAUUGCACGGGACCCAUAUGACCUGACAGGGGCAGCACUGAUCCCUGCCUCCCCGGAUGCGUGGACCCCUUACCCGCUGUACACAACAGAGCUGACCCCCGGCCUCCCUCAUGCGGCCUUCACUUAUCCUGCGGCGGCCGCCGCUGCCGCAGCCCUUCACGCCCAGGUGAGGGACCAACCGGUGUGUGUCUCUCUUCUACCUUGCACGAUUCUUUGGGCCACACCUGUGGGGGCCAUAGCCACGAGAUGCCAUGAUGCGCUGGUACCCGACUCCUUCAGAGACUUCCCAGCCUGGAUGGAAGUCCCGCCAGUUUUGUUAGAUACUUAGCGCCUGGAAACCACACCUUUGUCCAGUUGAAGUGAGGUUUGCCAAGCUCAUUAAUUUAAUCAGGUUUAUUUAAUGGACAAAUGUGCAUUAGUUAACAGUAUUUAUAUCUCCGCCAAUUGUCUCUGGGGGGGAGUCAGAGUAGAAAACCACCUUGCUGUUGACAAUCUCCAUGUGCCCCCUUUUUGUGGUACAUCUUAGCACUUGCAGGAACCUUUUGUGAACUAGUCCAAGCUCCAUGGAUCAUUGUUGCUGAGGAAAAUUAACACCGUGAAGUUGUAAAGAUCUUACCCCUGGCCUCAAGUGUCAAGUCAUUGCAUGUUCAAGUCUUUUUGGCAUGAAUUUAGAACAGAGUUCUGCGUAUCUUAAUUUUCUUAGUUUGUGUUGCCUCUUUACCUUGGUCUGGGCAGUGAAAUGUUUUGCCUCCCUGUUGCUCCUUGUCUUUCCUCUGUUCAAUGGCUUAUCUCGCAUGGACCUUGUGAAGGUAACGCUGUGUUCUGACAAUCCCAGUCCCUGUGAUCCUGUCAUUAUUUGACCAGAAUAAAGUACAAGUAUUUUUGUACUUUUUGUGUAGUGUGUAUAUAUAUAUCUGCAUUUUUGUGCAACUUAAAUGAACAUGUAUAAGUUGAAUGUUUAGUUGUCCCUUGUGUUUUCAGUGUUCAUUUUUGUUCCUGUAAUCCUGUUAAAAUAGUUUUAGAGGAAGAAAAGUGCAAUUUGUUUAAAUAGGGAUUGGGUGUCUGUCCCCCCAAAAAUGGAAGUAUUCUGAACAUGGCGUGUGCCGGUCUGCUAAAAUGAGAUUGCUGUGAAACGAUCUUUCAGAAUGUGAAACUGGACUACAAACUUUUGAAAUGGGCAAGCAGGAAUGGAGGGGAGGAAUUUAGUUUGUGGUUUAGAAACAUGUUUGUCUCUGUAUCUGCUGUGCAUAAGAUGUAAACAAACAUACCCAUCUUAUGAAUAAAAAGUGAAUGCAUUUC